AUGAAAUGCAAAAAGUGUAAAGCCAGUUUAAUAAGUGGUGUAAAAUGCAAUGUUUGUUUGUCUUAUUAUCACACAAGUUGUGGAAAGUUGCUCAGUAAAGGGAAGUUCAAUUCUGAAGAUGUUAUAUUGUGCUGUAAUCGACCCUGUUCUCCGUUUACCGAAGACACUACUCCUGAGCCAAAUGAUAUCAUCGAUUUAUCAAACAUCACUGAACCAGUUGAUGCGACCAUGUUUAAGUAUGUCAUGCAGCAGAAAGAUGUGAUCAUUGAAGAACUACGGUCUAAAAUCGAUCUCCUACAAGAAAAAAUUUGCCUUCUAGAACAACUGGAAAAAGAACGGCAAAAACUCUCCCAGUCCUCUAUCACACCAGUCGCUGCUAAGCAAGAUAAGCAAAAGGUAAACAAGGAAAAUGGUGGAAGUUCUGUCAAAGUUUCUGUCAAAGGUUUAAGAAGUCCUGCGAUGUCAUCAAAAAGUCCUGCGAUGUCAUCUAAAAGUCCUGCAAUGUCAUCAAAAAGUCCUGUGAUGUCAUCACCCAACAUAAAAUCUAUACAGCCCACAAUGAAAGUACAGCCAAAGGCUCUUCCAAAACGCCAUAAUGAUGAAUGGAAUCUAGUUGAGAAGAAAAAACGUUACACCCUGAUACCAAAAAGGAAGACGUACUAA